AUGGCAGUUACAUUGAAUGAUAAGAGGCCAGGCGUGACGUGCGAUCUGGAAUUGGCAACAGGAGACGACGAUCGCGCCAUUACCGACAUUCCGGGGGUCGAAGAUAAUGCCGAAAGUGAGGUCAAGACCGCUGAUGAACAUGGCGACUAUCCUUCCGGCAUGUCCUUGUUCUUCAUUGCUCUUGCUUUAGGCUUGAGCAUAUUCUUUGUCGCACUCGACAUGACAAUCGUUGCUACAGCCAUUCCUAAGAUCACAGACGAGUUCACAGGUCUUUCCGACGUUGCCUGGUACGGCUCUGCAUUCUUCAUGACCAUCGCCGGCUUCCAGUCAGCAUGGGGCAAGGCCUAUACGUACUUCCAUCUCAAGACCGCCUUCCUUGUUGCCAUGCUCAUCUUCGAGUUCUGGGUGCUACACCCUCAUCGCGUUCGCCGCCGAGCCCAUCGUCCAUUGUUCACUGGGAUCCUGGGUGCUUCUUACGGCAUUGCCUCCGUCGCCGGCCCCCUUAUUGGAGGCGCCUUCACCGACCACGCUUCCUGGAGAUGGUGCUUCUACGUCAACUUGCCCAUCGGCACUCUGUCGGGCACUAUCAUCCUCCUAUUCUUUACGACCCCAAGCAAGUUAAAGCCAGUCGAGGUUUCUCUUCAGGAGAAACUCCUUCAAAUGGAUCCCUUCGGCAUUCUCCUGAUUAUGGGAGCCACUGUCGCUUUCAUCUUGGCUGUCCAGUAUGGUGGCCAGAGCCACUCGUGGAGCUCAAACACUGUGGCCGGUCUUCUUGCCGGAUUUGCUGUCAUUAUUGUCGUUUUCACUGCCUGGCAGGCGUUCAACGGUGAGCGCUCCAUGGUAGUUCCACGCGUCAUAAAGAAAAGGACUGUCUGGGUAAAUGCACUCUGCGGCUCUGUCCUAGGCUCUGCCUACCUCAUCAUUAUCUACUAUCUGCCCAUCUACUUCCAGAGUAUCAACAAUGAUUCCCCAAGCACAUCCGGAUUGCGCAACAUUCCAAUCAUUCUCGCUGUCACCUUUGCUACCAUCCUUUCGGGAGUGUUCAUCUCGAAAACUGGCAUUACAAUACCGCUUAUGGCGGGUGGUUGUGCGCUUGGGGCAAUUAGUGCAGGGCUUAUGUGCACUCUCAAGAUCGGCGCGGAUGAGAGCAAGUUGACUGCUUACCAGGUUCUCGCCGGAGCUGGUUUUGGUCUGGCUAUCCAGGUCCCAAUGAUCCAUGCCCAAGGCAAUGCUGCAACUGAGGAUUUAGCUUUAACUACAUCCAUUAUUAUGUUUUUCCAGACCCUUGGCAGUGCGUUCCUCCUCUCGGGCGCGCAAUCAGCAUUUGUCAAUGAGCUCCUAAGAAAUCUCAAAGAGUAUGUCCCGGCAGUCCCUCCGGAGAUGGUGAUUGCUACAGGCGCGACGCAGAUCCAGACAGCUUUCCCCGCCGCCCAGGUCCCCGGUAUCCUACAGGCUUACAUGGAAGGCAUCAGAGUCGUUUUUGCCAUCUCCACCGCGGCGGCCGGCUUGGCCUUUGUGGCUAGCUUGGCCAGUUCGUGGAAAAGGCUGAGCGGGGAGCCCCUCAAGGCUGCAUGUGGUGCCGCUUGA